AUGCCUGGCUUUACGUGCUGCGUGCCAGGCUGCUACAACAACUCGCACCGGGACGAGGCGUUGCACUUCUAUACGUUUCCCAAGGACGCUGAGCUGCGGCGCCUUUGGCUUAAGAACGUGUCCCGUGGCGGCAUCAGUGGGUGCUUCUCCACCUUCCAGCCCACCACGGGCCACCGUCUCUGCAGCGUUCACUUCCAGGGUGGCCGCAAAACCUACACGGUGCGGGUCCCCACCAUCUUCCCGCUGCGCAGAGUCAACGAGCGCAAAGUACCGCACAGACCCGCGGGGGCCGCAGCUGCCCGCCGCAGGCGGCAGCGGCGGCAGCAGCAGCAGCAGCAGUCGCCAUCCGCCUCCACUGCCCAGACCGCCCAGCUGCAGCCGAACCUGGUAUCUGCUUCUGCGGCUGUGCUCCUCACCCUUCAGGCUGCUGUGGACAGCAGCCAGGCUCUGGGAUCCGUGCCUCCGGCGCCCACCACUCCCACGGGAGAAGAUGUGAAGCCCAUUGACCUGACGGUGCAAGUGGAGUUCGCGGCCGCAGAGGGCGCAGCCGCUGCGUCGGAGCUUGAGGCUGCUACAGCAGGGCUGGAGGCCGCCAAGUGCCCCACGGGCCCCCAGUUGGUGGUGGUCGGGGAAGAGGGCUUCCCUGAUACUGGCUCCGACCACUUGUACUCGUUGUCAGGCACCACAGAGGAGGAGCUCUUGCGCAAGCUGAACGAGCAGUGGGACAUCCUGGCGCUGAUGGAGGUGAAGAUGAAAGAGAUGAAGGGCAGCAUCCGUCACCUACGUCUCACCGAGGCCAAACUCCGUGAAGAACUACACGAGAAGGAUCAGCUGCUGGCCAUGGCUGUCAUCCGCAAGAAGCACGGAAUGUGA